UGAACGAAUCGUUAACGAACGACCCAUCACUAUUGUCAACUCUUAUCCUUUAUAUGCUCUUUGACUUUGGUCACUGUGUCUCUGUUUAUACAUUUUCAAAACACAGCAUUUUAGUGUUUUAGUAGUGUCGACUGACGAAGUGUGAAUAUUAUAAUAAUAAGUCAUGGCAGGAAGUCAUACUGGAGUUAAACUUUCUAAAGCAAUUUUAGAUAUGAAGUUCAUGAAGAGAAGCAAAGAGAAAGCACAGAAAGAACAAGAUAAGGAAGACAGCGAGUUAAUGUUCUCAGAUGUAAUUACUGACAAGUUACGACAGGGCGCGAGCAAGUUCCUGAUAGAGCGCAGUUACGUGCCGUGUGAAGAUCUGAUUGUGGGCCGACUGUCAUUCCAAGGGAUGAACCCCUACAUCGAGAGGAUAAUGCAGGAAGAGGAAGAGGAGAAGCUGAGGAAGUUGCAGCCCAAGCUGGAAGCUGAUGUUUCAGAAGAGGAAAUGGCAAACAGAUACAGCACGCUGGUGGGGAACAUCAGCAAUAAGUUUGCCAAGCGAAGCCACCCAGCACCUCACAAACGUGCUAAUGAAUCCAACCCUUCAUAUGAAACUAAAAACAAGAAGAAAAUGUUCCAAAAACCUAGUGAUGAUUGAGUUUAUACUUCCAGGGAAAAAUUUUGCCUAUCAAUGAAGGGAUAGGAGCCAAGAGUACAUAAUCACUUAAGUUCCUCAUCAUUUAAUACACUUACCUGAAAAUUCAAGUUUUUGAUUUGCAGUGAUACUUCUGUAGCUUUGCUUGUAUAAUUGGAUGGAGUUAUGCAACAAGAGACCAACCGACAAAACCAAUGUUUUGAGAUAUUGACCAUCAAAGAUGGAAGUACCUUAUUUAUUCCACAGUAAUCGAUGUUUGUACACAUAAGUGAUUUAAUAUGUAAAAUAAUUAUAUGUAUCUAAUUAGUCAGUAUAUUGUACUCUGUAUAACUCAUUACAUACCUUUUUUGACAAAAAUGUACUGAUAUGAGCAGUUGGUCUACUGUUACAUAGUACAGAACUAGACAUUUUCUGACAUAUUAUGUAGUUGGUCGUUUGUUGCAUAUUCCGAUUGAUAAAUAAAAUGAACAGUAAAUAAACAGUAAUCUUUC